GAAUGGGUCAGAGCAGAAGAUUGCAACGCAGACAAGCCUGAGUGUGGUAUUCUGGCCGAUCGAUCUUGUCCCGAUGCCAAGAGUAAUCACCCCUCACACCUCGUCAACUGUUGUGACUUUGACGACCGCGGCUGCGCCACGGCCUGUUGUGCUGGUGGUCUCACCAGGAAUGGCACGACCUUUAUCAUUGUCGGCGUCUUGAUUGGAUUUUGCUGUCUUUGCCCGGUCAUCAAUUAUUUGUGUCGCAAGUGUGGCUCGGACGAAGGCUGCUGCCAACGACGAGAAUGGCACCAUCCACCACGCCAGUCGCGCCGCCGCUCUCGCUUUCGGCGGUCCCGAUCAUGGCGAAACCCACCGCCACCCGCCAACGCUGCGCGAAAUGGCAUGGCCAAUGACGCUGCUCACAGUGAUGACUCAGUCUCUAGCAAUGCCGAGCCAGAGGCAGUGCCAGACUACGACACAGCCCUUCAGCAUCCGCUCCCCCCUCACUCAGCGGCCACGCCGGUUGCUGCCUUGCUCGCCGCCACAACAGCGUCAACCCUUGAUGACGCUUCUGCGUCUGGUACUUCAAAUUCCAAUCGUUCGGCCGGAUCUCCGCAACGGGUUCGCGUGCAAAGUCUCGAUCGUUCUUUGGGUGUCACUGACAUCAACGAACGGCCACCACCUCUUCCAUCCUAUGAAGAAGCUACCUCCCGUCGUGGCAGCAUCAAUACUGCCACGCCCGCAAGUGCCCCAAUGGCCUUGGCUUCCCUCGCGGCUGCGCCGCCCUCUAUCACGAAUGGCACCCAGCCUCCCGCAUAUAGCCCGUACACCCCUGCUUCCAUCACACCAGGCUAUUCACCGCUGACAGUGGCCGCCGUGUCCAGCAGCGACCAAGACCCGACUCAUCGCGAAAGCACCGUCUGA